CACACAUGCACACACAGCAGUAGGUGCUCUCAGGCACAGUAGCAGCUGCAGGGCAUUUUUUUUCCAGCCUGGACCAGCCAACCAGUCAGUACACUGGGAGAAAAGUAGGUUACUCGUGUUUUUUGGAGUGUCAUCUGAUCCUGCGUCCAUCAUAACCAAAGCCCCUCUGUAACGUGUCAGGGGGAAAUGUCAGACCCAACAGAGGAACUCACCAACAAGUCCUUUGCGGCCCGGUUGUCCAAUGUUUACCUCAGCAUCUUGGCACUGUUCUGCUUUAAGCUCCUUAUUAAGAUUUCUCUUAACUUGCUGACAUACUUCUACAUUAUCCGUGGAAACCGUAAAGAGGCUGCCAGGAUAUCAGCAGAGUUCUAUGAAUAUGGUCAACACAGGUCCUGGGCGGACCGCUCACCCCUCCACGAUGCUGCGAGUCAGGGCCGCCUCUUGGCUCUGAAGAGCCUCAUUUCACAGGGUCACAGUGUGAAUGUUCGGACUAUAGACCAUGUGACACCCCUUCAUGAGGCCUGUGAUGGAGACCAUGUCGCUUGUGCCAGAGCUCUCAUUGAUGCAGGAGCAAAUGUCAAUGCUUUUACAAUUGAUGGAGUCACCCCUCUGUUCAACGCCUGUACAGUGGGGAGUGUGGCAUGCACAGAAAUUCUUUUGGAAAAUGGAGCAAAACCCCAAAGCCUUGUAUACCAUCCAUCACCAAUCCAUGAAGCUACAUGCAAAGGUCAUUACGGUUGUGUGGAGGCUCUGGUGACUUGGGGGGCAGAUGUGGACAUGGACAUUCCUCACCUGGGCACAGCGCUCUAUACAGCCUGCGUCUGCCAAGAGCUAGAGUGUGCCAGGAAACUCCUGAGGGAAGGUCAGCUCGCAGCACAGUGUGGAUCUUUACAUCUCCAUACAGACGGGCACACAUCCUGUGCAAAUGUACAGAAAGGCAAAUCCAUGGAUUCACCCUUACAUGCAGCUGCAGAAAAAGACUGCACAGCUUUAGUGAAGCUGUUGCUGGACUUUGGUGCGGACAUUAAUGCCAGGAACCGAGAGCUUCAGAGGCCUGUAGAUGUGGCUCCACCCAGCAGUCUAACAGAGGGUUUCCUACUGAUAUAUGAAGCUACACCACGACUGCUGAGUCAGCUGUGUCGUCAGUGCAUCAGGAACUGCGUCGACCGUGACAGACUCCAUCUUCUUUCCCACCUGCCCCUGCCCAUCAGGCUAAGGAACUACCUGCAGUACCAAUAACAGGAAGAACAACCAAACUGCCUGCCUAAAUGGGACGUAGAGAAAUAAUUAAAUUAAAUUUUAUUUAUAGUAUCAAAUCAUAACAAGAGUUAUCUCAAGACACUUUACAGAUUAAGACAGAUAGAGUAGGUCUAGACCACACUCUAUAAUUUACAAAGACCCAACAAUUCCAGUAAUUCCCCCAAGAGCAAGCAUUUGGUGCGAAAUAAGCCUUUGUCAAAAAAGAGCAAAUCAACUCCAUGAACUCUUCCUACCUAGCUACCAGUCAAUUAGUCACUGAGCAGCCACUGAGUUGCUGGAAGUACCAAGCUGAGUUGAGCUGGCCUGCAACCUAUUGACCUGGAUGAAUGUAAAGCAGGGGGUUCUAAAAAGGAGCCAGGGCCAUCCCUGGAUAAAUUAUGGUUAAACAAUAUAAUAACAAAAUAGUAUUUGCAAUUCAGGUUUGCCUUAUUUAGAAGAUGCCUUAAUAGCUGCAAUAGCUGCCAGAGUGAUUGCAACAUUACAUAAUAUUACAAUGUCAUGUGAAUGAAUAUUCAUAGUUUUUGGUUUGAUAUAUUAUCUAUUGCAUUGCACACUUCUAGAUGAUUAAAGUUGUUUUGAAACCUGG